CGCGCGGUCGCGGCGCCAAUUUUUUCUUUUCCGUCUGAAGCGGCGGUUUGGCUGAAACGCUCGAACUCCCCACCGUUCCCCCAAAGAGUUUCAUGUCCAUCUUGCCUUCUGACGCCAAGGGAUCCCCAUCGUCUUCAGCAGAUUCGCGCUCGGAAAACCCUAAUUUCGACAAUGGAGUUCUCCAAGCCCCUGAAUUGUUCGGUCUUCACGGCCGCGGCGGUGGAGAUCUUGGCGCCUAUGGAUCAGAUCCUGUUGACACUUCUGACAGCCUCUCAGUCGUUAGCGCCGGUACAAUUGCAGCACCUACAGCUAAUUGCAGUGUGUCAUCCAAUAGAGCAACCAAUGGAAGAGGUCCAACCGUGAGGAAAAAUUUUGGACAAAGCCAUCAUGUACCUUCAGGCUGCCGAACUUCUGAGCAGGGAGGGCUACCUUUCGAACCUAGGUCAGAACAGCUCAGUGGAAAACAAAUUGCAACUGGUAGCUUACAUAGUAAUCCUGUACAUCAAUCAGCAAGGAAAAGCCAGAUGAUGAAUGCCAAUCAUUUGCUGAAUUUUCAUUAUGAUCCCAUAUCUCGCCCUCAACCAAGGGCCUUACCCCCAAAGAGGCAGCAAAAGGUAAAACCUUACAACAAGGACCUGUUCCUUCAGGCAAACUACAAAUUUGUCAUACUAGAUGCCGAUGAUCGCAUAAUUGAGUCAAUGGAUCCAGAUAAAAUGUUAGAGUGGGAGGAUAUUAUCUGUGUAAGGUAUUCUUCUCCAAAUCCUGUACAGUGCCCUAUUUGCCUGGAGACACCUCUCUGUCCACAAAUAACUUCAUGCGGACAUAUUUUUUGUUUCCCAUGUAUUUUGCGCUAUCUGUUGAUGGGUGAGGAGGAUCAUAAAGGUGACUGCUGGAAGAAGUGCCCACUUUGUUUCACUAUGGUGUCAGUUAAAGAUUUAUACACUAUUUAUAUUGAUUAUGUUAAAAAGUAUAAUGUUGGAGAUCGCAUGGAUUUUACCCUUCUUACCCGAGCAAAAGAUUCAAUGGUUCCACUUGAGAAAAAUUCUAAUGUGUUUAAUGAUGGCAAUGGUGGUUCUUUCUGUGACACCUUCUCAAAGCUCACUGUGACAUCAGAUGUUGAAUUGUCAGUUCGGGAAGCUAAGCUUGAACUUAAUGAUUGGUUAGCUAAAGCAGAGGUUGGAAAAGUUGAGGACCUAGAGCUGUUACCAUAUGUUUGUGCAGCUCUAGAACAACUAGACCAGAGGAAGAAAUUGUGGACCGAGCAUCAGGUUUUCAGCAGCAGUCCAAAAAAUGCUGCAGUUUACCAUGUUAACAGUAAGCCUUGUAAAUACACCCCAGUCAAGAAUCUGUCUCAUGCUACAAAAGUGAAAAGCAUGCAUGAGAACAGAUCCUCUCAUACUUUGUAUAUUAAUCAUGAACCUUGUAGUAGUGAAUUAGAUCCUCCGACAAUGGUGAAGGAAGUUGAAGAAAAAGGUCCUCAUCACGUAAACUAUCGAUGGGAGCAGUUUGAAAUGUCAGAAAAAGUGUUUGCCUUAGAUGAGGAUGACAAAGGCCUCCAGAAGCAAUCUGGUGAUGGGAGUAACACACAAGAGAAAGACUAUUACACCUUUUACCAGUCUGUUGAUGGUCAACUUCUUAUUCUUCAUCCCCUAAAUAUGAAGUGUCUUCUUCGCCAUUAUGGCAGCCAUGAUUUGCUUCCCCCCAGAAUUGGUGGUGAGAUUUUGCAAUUGGAAACAGUAACUCAGUCAGAAGCCGUGAGGAAGCGUUAUCGUUUCUUAAGUCAUUUUUCCUUGACUACUACCUUUCAGCUUUGUGAAAUAGAUAUGAGUGGUAUCUUGCCUCCUGAAGCACUAUCUCCUUUCAUGGAUGAAAUAAAAAGGCGUGAAUAUCAGCGAAAGCGUCGUGUCAAGCAGGAGUCUGAAGAGAAGGCCAGGGGCAUGGCUGUAGAAGCUGCCGCUUCCAUCUAUACAAGACCUGUAAAUUCUUCAAGUACAACAUUCUCAGAAAAUGAUUUUCAGGCUCUAGGAACCUCUCCUGCUUCAUCCACGAGUCCUCCAGUUGGUGACAGGAAGCUCUUCUCAGACGUAACUCGUCUUGGCUUUGCCGCUGCAUGCGAUUCUCCUUCUUUAAGAACUGAGCAAUCGGUUGAGGCUUCUGCCACAGCAUCGGGUGAAGCUUCUUGCCAAAGCUGCCCAAGAAGUGCAACUGCCUUGUCAUUUGCCAGCAUCAUGUCCGCAGCCAGAACUCCAGACCAGGCCGAGGUCGUAAAGAUGAAUGGCCUUGGGAAAAAAGGCAAGAAAGCAAGCAGAGUACUGUUGUCGACCGCUGGUGGACGUCGCUAUUAAGCUUUCCCAGUCUGACAUCCAUAAACGUGAGAUAAGUACAUCAUGCGCUUGGAUAUGAUAUUAUGAGGCACUUGUAAAGAAAUUGUCGCAUAGAGACUGAGGAUUGAUCACAUGUGCUUCGCGUGGAUGUAUCUUUUCUCCUACUUUGUCUGUAAACCCGGGGCCAUUUAUCUCCAUGAAGUCAACGGGUUCUCCCUCUGGUUUUGUUUAUUGGAUUCCAAGUUCAAAUAUGGAUGCGGUUCUUGUACUUAGCCUUCGGCCCUGAGUGAUUUAGUCAAACAGCAAUGCUGUUCAUCUUUUGGGUGAUUAGGAUCUAUGCGUUGCCUCCCA